AUGUUGGAAUUUCAGACUCCAGAACUUCUAAGAAUGCCACUUCAGGAGCUCUGUUUACAUACAAAACUUCUAGCUCCAGUUAAUUGUUCGAUUGUCGACUUUCUGAUGAAAGCUCCUGAUCCUCCACCAGCUUUAAUUGUGAGAAAUGCUGUGCAAAUGCUUAAGACAAUAGAUGCCAUGGACCCUUGGGAAGAUCUCACUGAACUUGGUUAUCAUCUCACUGGAUUACCAAUAGAACCACACCUUGGUAAAAUGGUCGUGUGUGCUGUUGUUUUGAAGUGCCUGGAUCCUAUUCUUACUAUUGCUUGCACUCUUGCAUACCGGGACCCUUUUGUCCUACCUACACUGGCCUCUCAAAAGCGUGCAGCCAUGCUGAGUAGAAAACGUUUUACUGCAGGAACAUUUAGUGACCAUAUGGCGCUUCUCAGGGCUUUCCAGGCGUGGCAGAAUGCAUGCAGUGAUGGCUGGGAGAGAGCCUUCUGUGAAAAGAACUUUCUGUCUCAAGCCACAAUGGAAAUCAUCACAGGAAUGAGAACACAGUUACUUGGCCAGCUUAGAGCCUCAGGUUUUGUUAGAGUCAGAGGAGGAGCUGAUAUUAGAGACGUUAAUACUAACUCUGAAAACUGGGCUGUUGUCAAAGCUGCCUUAGUGGCUGGGAUGUAUCCCAAUCUGGUGCAUGUGGACAGGGAAAACCUGGUUUUGACUGGACCAAAGGAGAAGAAAGUGCGAUUUCAUCCUACCUCUGUUCUUAGUCAACCUCAGUAUAAAAAGAUCCCCCCUACAAAUGGGCAAACUGCAGCCAUCCAUGCACUUCCUACAGACUGGCUUAUAUAUGAUGAAAUGACAAGAGCUCACAGGAUAGCAAAUAUCAGAUGUUGUUCUGUUGUAACACCUGUCACUGUGUCACUCUUCUGUGGACCAGCUAAGUUACCAAGUAAUGCUUUGCAGGAACCUUCAUCCUUUCGAGGGCAUGAGGUAUCUAGUGAUAACAGUGAUAGCGAGAUGGAGGACAAAACAACUGCUAAUUUGGCAUUGCUGAAGCUCGAUGAAUGGCUCAAUCUCAAACUGGACCCUGAAGUAAGUAACUUAUCAUUUCAGAGCAAAGGAUUUUUAUGUCGUAUCUUCCUAAAAAGAUUUCUGAAACAUUUGGGUAACCCAGUUUUCU